CUCACAUUGGGUUUUUCUCCCAACUUAGGCAUCCUGCCAGGGUGACACUUCCUCCAAAUUUCCAGGUCCAGGCUGCCGGUAGGCAUCACAAAGAUCGAAGCAUCAGUGGCUCCUUAUCUGUACAUGCCUCAGGGAAGGAGCUGGCUCUGCUAGAGGCCAGCAUGAGCAGAGAGAACAGGAAGAGCUCCCAGGGAUGGGAUGCGAGUGUUCUCCUCCGACAAGUCAUCUUCACUGAUCCCAGGGCAGUGUGGCUACAGCUGUCCAGCAAGGUCACUCCAGCAAGGUUCUGGUUCUUUACUAAAAUGAUGAUCAGUCAGAACAGUGCCCAGCUGUUUUUCACAGGACUCAAGGAAGAGAAGGUGGGACCCAUCCUGUCCCUAAAGGGCAGAGUCCAGCAUAACAUUGACAGCUGGGGGGCUGUCCCAAAGCUCCUUGACCUCACUGGAUCUCUCAAACGGAAGAACUACAGCAAUGAGGGGAACUUCAGUAUCCUCAUUGAUGAUGCCAUGUUUGGGUUCCGUCUGAGGGACAAACACAUGUUGGGGAACAGCAGCGUGCAUAGCGUGACCUGUGUGAUGAUUCAGAACGGCAGUCAGGCCAUCCCUGAGGAGCUUAAGCUGAGGGGACAGCUGCAGACCCAGCCUGAUGGCUACCACGCCCAUGCCACCCUUCAUGCCGAUGAGACCACUUUGUCCUGGGCACAACCUGCAUCAUAGCUCCAGGGCAGAGGCAGCUCUCUGCCAAUCUGGCCCACAACAGUAACAUUUUAAGACAAUCAGGACUGCCCACCAAUGGAGCGAUUCUGUUCUCCCAUACCUACCUUGCUCCCAACCACAGGCUGACCCUGGGGCUGCAGAGCAAUGAAAGCCAUAUUGAUGCUGCCUUCAGAGUAGAAGUUCCUUCUGGGGAAUUCCCAGAGGCCCGGAUCACUGCAAACCUGAGCCACAACGUUGAGGACUUCAGGCAGCUUGGUAUCCCCUAUUUGGUCGAAGGAGACUGUUAUUACCAAAACUCUGGCUCCAGGCUGGUGGCUGGCAUGAAGGCUGGCUUGGAUGGCGAGCACCUUCGCGUGGCGCUGGAGAGGAAGAAGAAUGGAGGCCGUUCAGAGGAGGUGGUUCUGGGGCUGCAACACAGUGUGCCAGGACUCAGUGGUGUGGUGCCCUCCCGACUCCAGGUCAGCUGCAGCGGCGAAGCCUCCUCCAGCCAGCUUUCCGGCCACUGCAGUGGCGACGUCUCCCUCCGUCCGUUUGAGAGUCCAGCAGUGAUGUCCCUGAAUGGUUCCCUUCUGGCACAUGGCUGCAAGUCCAGCCUCAUUGGACACGUCUCUUCUGGUGAAGCCUUUACCCACAUCCACUUCCACACCUUCUGUGGUCUCCACAACCACUUGGAAGCUCAGCUUCAACAUUCAUGGCCUCUACUCAAGCAACUGGGAAUUGCCAGAGAGAACCUCAUCAGAGUGUCAACUACAGGAGGGGAUGCACCAAGGGCACGGCUUGAAUUGACUACAGGCCCAUGUUCUAUGAUGGCAGACGGAGAUGUCAGGACAGAAAGCAACACCACUCAGACCAACUGGACGCUUUCUUUGGGGAACCAUUGCCCUAUAUUAGAGAAAGCAGGCUUUCCACAGAGCCUGGCCACCAGGGGCUCCCUCAGGGUUGGGCCCUGUAAUGGUGACCUCACCAUGGCCCUCCAGAGUGAUGAAGGAGAUGCCCAGGUGCACUUAGCAACUUCUUGUAGACAAAAACCCUUGGUGCAAGGAAGCCUGCACCACUCUUUCAGGCCUCUGAGCCGCCUGGGGCUGCCCCCCAGCAGUGCCAUCCACCUGCAGGCAGGGUUGGGCCCUGCCUCACAAAGCUCCUUGACUCUCCAAGUUGGGCAGUGUCGGCUUCAGGGCAGAAUGGAGCUCCAGCCCAGGAACAGAACCCAGUGGGUACUGGAGACAGAGUCGGAUUGUGAGCUACUGCAGGACCUUGGAAUCCCCACCCUGAUGCACCUCAAUGGAUCAGCUCAGGUUGCCGGCUGUCAGGUAAAGCUGCUCUGCACCCUACUGGCCGGUGGCCAGGCAGCCUUCUUGGAACUCAGGGGAGCAUGUCAACCACAUCUCACCAUCCGGGCCAUAUUCAGACACACCUUACCAGCACUCUGGGCCAUUCCAGAGGAGACCAAGUUAUCUUUUCAAGCUGGAAAACAGACUAAGUUCCAGCUGGACCUGAAGCUGAGAUCAGGAACCUGUGAAAUCCAAGCCAAUGGGGAUCUGCAGCUGGAGAAAAAGUUCCAGUGGAGAGGCCUGGUGGAGAAUUCCUGCAAAGUGCUGCAGGCUCUUGGGGCCCCGGGUCGGAUUGAUGGCUCAGGCUAUGUGGUAGUGAACAGUAUGGAUCUGGAUGCCCAGGUGUUGGUCACUGUAGAUGACAGCACCCUGCGAGGCCUUCUCAUCCUGAAGGCCACUGAGACACACCAAGAACUAGACAUGCUGUUUACCCACAACCUCCCUGAGGCUCUCCACUUUGGCAUCCCAGCUCAGACCCUAGUGGAUGUGACCACAGUGAGAAGUAACAAUAGUUACAGGCGUACCAUCCGGUUUGGCAUGGACAGCAAGCAGAUUUCUGAAGAGCUCAGCUUCACUCAACAAUCAGACUAUAUUUCCCUCAACUACAAAAUCCGACACAAUGUCCCAACAUUGCAGGCAUUGGGGGUGGAAGACAAGAUAGACUUGCAGGUCUCUCUGGACCACCAAGCAGUCAAGAACUUGAGUGGCAGGGCCCAAUACGGCUCAGGCAUCAUCAUCUUUGGAGGCCAAAGCCAGAGCACCGCAGUCAGACAUUCCUGGUCUGGUACCCUCUGGCACAACUGGCCUGUGUUGUUGCGGUGUGGACUCCCAGAAUCACUUCAGGUUAGAAUGUACCUUCAAGGGACCAGUUCCAACAUUGACAGCUCUGUGAACAUUCUGGUGGGGCAGACGUCUCUCAACUAUACCAUGAGCUGUUCUUAUACCAGACGGCGAAUGGCAUUCUCCUGCUGGAGUAGACAUAACAGCAGGGCUCUGAGGCAAGGGACUGGCUACCCAGAGGUGGUUGGCCUCACUGUAGUGCUACAGGCACAAGAAACCCAGACCCAGGGCAGCGUGGACAUCCAGGGAGGAGACAGGACAGUCAGUGUGGAUGUGGCAGCUCUGACGGCCUUGGAACUAAAUGGGACCCUCGAGCUUGCGGCGCACCUCCGACACACGGUGCCAAUUCUCAGGCAGCUGGGCCUGCCCUUCACAACCCAGUUGUUAUUCCAGGAAAUCCUUGCGGCCAGUGAAAUGAAAACAUCCUUGGAGGUGACCUGUGAGUCUGAAACAAGUCUUCUCAUUCACGUGAGGGGAAGGAAUCAACCACUCAGCAAAGAACUGCAUGUUACCAGCCAACAACAUCUCUCCUUCCUCCUGAACCACUUCCCUAGGAGAGCCAAGCUUUCCACCAAGGUAAGUUACUCCAUGAGUGAAACCAAAAGCAUGAUUGCCGUUGACCUGGAAAAGCACCAUUUCCACGUGGCCACAAAGCUGACAUUUACUGCAUCCAACCUCACUCAAGUGACUGAGCUGAUGCAUACAAUUCCCCAGCUCAAAAUGAUCCCCUGGGAAAUGGUGCUCAUGACCACGUAUCAGAAAGCCAACGGGACAAGAAACAUCCAACAGUUCAUACUUUGGGAUGGCCAGGAGUUCAAGUUCAUUGGCAGCUACACAGGGCUCUUUCCCAAGUUCUCCAGGAGCGAGCGCAUACAGGUGGAACUUGUCCAUCCUCUCUCCAUCCCUUUUCCUCAGCAUUCCAAGAUCACUGUGACCCUGCUACACUCAGUUCAGAGCCACCAAGAUAAUCUAGUCAUAGAAUGGAACAGCAAGGAGCAGGUGGUGCUGUCCUCCUCUCUAAAGCUGGGGAAGGAUCAGGUGCAUGGCCAGGUGGUUUUUGCUCAUCCCUUCAACCUAUCCUGGAGCCACAUGGAAGCCAGGGGCCUGGCAGAGAAGAGGGGCAGAAAGUACAGCCAACAGGUACAACUUGCCUGGAAUAGAGGGAAGCCCAUCAACUUCCAGUUUUCCUGGGCAGACAGGUCGGAGCUACCAUCACCAGCUGGGAAGGCUGUCUCACUGCAUCCUCAGGACAGCUCCAGAAAUUCCUGACCCUGGGCAAUGUCAAGGCCUGUGGAUCUGUAACUCAGACUGCAGCGGUGUUCAGCGAGCAUCUUGAUCUGUCCUGGGACAGCCAGAAAGUCAAACAGAAUCUGAAAUAUGAGAGACACCGGCCACUCCAGUUGGAUAGACUCCAUGCAGAAGUGGCUCUAGAGAAUAUCUUCUUGACCUCCUGCCCCAAGCAAAACUUCCUGGGAGAAAUAGAAACUAACUACUUCAACCAUCUCAGCCAUUCUCUCAGACUGGGACUCUGUAAU